AUGAGGUAUGUGUAUCAUUUGGACACUGUCCCGCAGGGGACCACCGGCAUUCGAGGUGCUGAUGCUGCCGCCUUGCACGCACAGCAGGUCACCAGCCUCUUGCGCCCCUUGGCGCGCGCAAAACGCAGCCGGUUGCUGCAGAAGACCUUGAGGAGCCUGGAGGCGCUUGGCCUCCGCAGCAACGUGGUUCACCGGAACUUGCUGCUGAGUGCCCUGGAACGGCUCAGCCACUGGCAACAGGCCAUUGACAAUCUUCGAGACCUUCGAGAUGAAAACCUGGAGGCCACAGCGGCGACCAUGAGCACGGUGAGCAGCUCUUGUGCCAAGGCUUCUGAAUGGCAGAAGGCCUUAGAAGUCUUUGGAGACACCAGGUUCAAGGACACCAUUUGUUUCAAUGUGGCCAUCUCAGCGUGUGCUCGUGGUGAUCGCUGGAUCACUGCGGUGAGGCUGUUGCGUGAGAUGCGAGCUACAGAGGUCCAAGCGGAUGCGAUCUCCUACAACUCAGCCAUCAGCGCGUGUCAAUGGCUGAUGGCUUUGGCACUGCUGGCAGAAAUGAAAGAGGUGGAUCUCCAGGCUGAUGUGGUCUCAUAUGGAGCUGUACUUGCCUCCAACAUCGAGUGGGAUGCUGCUUGCCAGCUCUUGCAGGGUUUCUCAGAGGGGAUCCAGCUGGAUGACCUGAAUCAUUUGAGCCAUGAAUAG